AUGAGUCCAGACGCAGAGAUACAGACGAGUCCAGACGCCGAGAUACAGACGAGUCCAGACGCCGAGAUACAGACGGAUCCAGACGCAGAGAUACAGACGGGUCCAGACGCCGAGAUACAGACGGAUCCAGACGCAGAGAUACAGACGAGUCUAGACGCAGAGAUACAGACGAGUCCAGACGCCGAGAUACAGACGGAUCCAGACCAUAGACUUACCACCCCGGGCCUGUGGGGGUGGACCCUGGCAUGCACUGGCAUCCACUGCAGCAUGCCAGGUGGACCCUGGCAUGCUGCAGUACCACCCCGGGCAGUACCCCACCGGACAUGUGGACCCGGACAUGUGUCCGGGUCCACAUGUCCGGGUCCCCCACAUGUGGACCCGGACAUGCUGCAGUACCACCCCGGGCCUGUGGGGGUGGACCCUGACAUGCUGCAGUACCACCCCGGGCCUGUGGGGGUGGACCCGGACAUGCUGCAGUACCACCCCGGGCCUGUGGGGGUGGACCCUGACAUGCUGCAGUACCACCCCGGGCCUGUGGGGGUGGACCCGGACAUGCUGCAGUACCACCCCGGGCCUGUGGGGUUGGACCCUGACAUGCUGCAGUACCACCCCGGGCCUGUGGGGGUGGACCCGGACAUGCUGCAGUACCACCCCGGGCCUGUGGGGGUGGACCCUGACAUGCUGCAGUACCACCCCGGGCCUGUGGGGGUGGACCCUGACAUGCUGCAGUACCACCCCGGGCCUGUGGGGGUGGACCCUGACAUGCUGCAAUACCACCCCGGGCCUGUGGGGGUGGACCCUGACAUGCUGCAGUACCACCCCGGGCCUGUGGGGGUGGACCCGGGAUAA